GGCGGGGCGCGGGGGGCGGGGCGGGGGGGCGGGCGCGGGGCUCGCGGCCCCGGGAAGGGCUCCGGGUCGCAGCGGGGAGGGGCAGCCGCCAGGCAGGCCGGGGCCCCCGGGGUCCCGCAGGCCCGGGGGGAGCCCGGGCCCGGCCGCGCCGCAUUGCGUCUCCCGCGCGGCGGCCGGCGCGCCCCCUGCAGGCGGAGCGCGGGCGGCGCACCCCGGGGACCCGGCGUCCCGGGAGCCCCGUGUUGACUGAGCGCCGCGGCCCGCAGCCCCCCGGCCGCCCCUCGCUCGCCCCCAGGCGGCGCGGCCAUGGCCACCGCGGUGCUGGCGCGGGAGGAGAAGCUGAGCCAGGACGAGAUCGUGCUGGGCACCAAGGCCGUGAUCCAGGGGCUGGAGACGCUGCGCGGGGAGCACCGCGCCCUGCUCGCCCCGCUCGUCGCCCCCGAUGCCGCCGAGCCGGAGCCCGGCUCGCAGGAGCGCUGCGGCCUCCUGCGCCGCUCCCUGGAGGCCAUCGAGCUGGGGCUGGGAGAGGCCCAGGUGAUCCUGGCACUUUCGGGCCACCUGGGGGCCGUGGAGUCGGAGAAGCAGAAGCUGCGGGCCCAGGUGCGGCGCCUGGUGCAGGAGAACCAGUGGCUGCGUGAGGAGCUGGCCGGGACGCAGCAGAAGCUGCAGCGCAGCGAGCAAGCGGUGGCCCAGCUGGAAGAGGAGAAGCAGCACCUGCUGUUCAUGAGCCAGAUCCGCAAGCUGGAGGACGACUCCCCGAACGAGGAGAAGGGUGACGCCCCCAAAGACUCGCUGGACGACCUGUUCCCCAACGAGGAGGAGCAGAGCCCAGCCCCCAGCCCCGGGGGAGGGGACGCGGCAGCCCAGCACGGGGGCUACGAGAUCCCCGCCCGCCUGCGCACGCUGCACAACCUAGUCAUCCAGUACGCGUCACAGGGCCGCUACGAGGUGGCCGUGCCGCUCUGCAAGCAGGCGCUCGAGGACCUGGAGAAGACGUCGGGCCACGACCACCCCGACGUGGCCACCAUGCUCAACAUCCUGGCGCUGGUCUACCGGGACCAGAACAAGUACAAGGAGGCUGCCCACCUGCUCAAUGACGCCCUGGCCAUCCGCGAGAAGACGCUGGGCAAGGACCACCCGGCCGUGGCAGCUACCCUCAACAACCUGGCAGUUCUGUACGGCAAGCGGGGCAAGUACAAGGAGGCCGAGCCUCUAUGCAAGCGAGCGCUGGAGAUCCGGGAGAAGGUCCUGGGCAAGUAUCACCCCGACGUGGCCAAGCAGCUGAGCAACCUGGCACUGCUGUGCCAGAACCAGGGCAAGGCCGAGGAGGUGGAGCACUACUACCGGCGCGCCCUGGACAUCUACGCCACGCGCCUCGGGCCCGACGACCCCAACGUGGCCAAGACCAAGAACAACCUGGCCUCCUGCUACCUGAAGCAGGGCAAGUACCAGGAUGCCGAGAGCCUCUACAAGGAGAUCCUCACCCGCGCCCACGAGAGGGAGUUUGGCUCUGUCAACGGGGACAACAAGCCCAUCUGGAUGCAUGCAGAGGAACGGGAGGAGAGCAAGGAUAAGCGCCGGGACAGCACCCCCUAUGGGGAAUAUGGCAGCUGGUACAAGGCCUGCAAAGUGGACAGCCCCACCGUCAACACCACCCUGCGAAGCCUGGGGGCGCUGUACCGGCGCCAGGGCAAGCUGGAGGCGGCCCACACCCUGGAGGACUGUGCCAGCCGCAGCCGCAAGCAGGGCCUGGACCCAGCCAGCCAGACCAAGGUGGUGGAGCUGCUGAAAGAUGGUGGAGGCUGCCGGGGAGACCGCCGGGGCAGCCGAGACUCGGCCGGGACUCGGGCUGAGUCUGACCUCGAGGACGCAGGGCCAGCGGCAGAGUGGAGUGGGGAUGGCAGCGGCUCCCUGCGGCGCAGUGGCUCCUUUGGGAAACUCCGAGACGCCCUGAGGCGCAGCAGUGAGAUGCUGGUGAAGAAGCUGCAGGGGGGCGGCCCCCAGGAGCCCCCUAACCCCAGGAUGAAGCGCGCCAGUUCCCUCAGCUUCCUCAAUAAGAGUGUGGAAGAGGCGGCCCAGCCCGGCGGUGGCCCAGGCCUCAGCGACAGCCGCACCCUCAGCUCCAGCUCCAUGGACCUCUCCCGGCGAAGCUCGCUCGUGGGCUAAUCCUCCAGGAGCAGCCUGACUGCACCGGCCCAGCCCACCGGCACUGACCCACCCCCAGCCCCGUGCUUGGGCCUGCUGCUUGUCCCGCCUGCCUGUCCCCCGGACCCAUCUUUUCUGUUCGAUCUCAGGGUUACCUCCUCCCUUGCCAUCUCAGCCUGAGCCCUGGAGGCUGGGCCUGCCUGUUCCAGCUCUGCCCCCUUAUUUAUUCCUGCCAGCAGGGCCGCCUCUGUCCCAGCCAGGCUCAGGGCCAGCGGGAGGGGUGGCCGCCGUCUCUCAGUCAGAGGCUCAGUCACCCGCCCUCCGCAGACCGCCCCCGCCCCCCCCCCAGCCAAAACCCUAAACACCUGCAGCCCCUCGGGUCCCUCAGCCGGGCCGUUGCUUCUGUAUAUAGAGAAAUAAGUUAUUGGCCGCACCCCUGCCCUCUGCCCGAGGUAUGUCUGGGCCUCGGCUCGCCAGCCCUCUCUAGUGGUACCGCCCAGGCCUUAAUCACCCCCUCUCCUCGCGGUGGUAUCCCGUAGGCCCCACAGCUCUGGGCAGCGCCUCCCCAGAGGCUUCCCUAGGGGCUCCCCACCAUCAUCGCCCUGCACCCCAGGACAGAGCCGCCCCCUGGCCGCCCCUCUGCCGGGCCCUGCCCAGCAUCCCGGCCCUAUGCACUGCUCCAGCCCCCCGGCCUGGCCGCCGCCUCCCAGCCCCAGGGGCCGCGGUGGGGUGACCCCCUGACCCCUGUGGUUGGAGAGGUGACCCAGUUUGGGUGGGGAUGUUUCAAAUGUUGCUGUAGAAAUAAAGAUGGUUUGGAUCUCA